AUGGACAUCCUGAAGCGGGAGAUCAGCCGGAAGCGGCAGCAGCUGGAGGAGAAGGAGCUCGUAGGGGGGAGUAAGAAAUAUUUCAAACGCAGCGAGUUAGCUAAGAAAGAAGAGGAGGCCUACUUCCAGAGAUGUGGCUGCAAGGUACAGCAGCAAGAGGAGGAGGAGAAACCACUGACUUCAUCAAAUCCAGUGCUGGAACUCGAACUGGCAGAAGAAAAGUUACCAAUGACCCUUUCCAGACAGGAGGUUAUCAGGAGGUUACGAGAGAGAGGGGAGCCGAUCAGGCUGUUCGGAGAAACAGAUUAUGAUGCAUUUCAGCGUCUGAGGAAGAUAGAAAUUCUUGCACCUGAAGUAAACAAGGGUCUGAGAAAUGAUCUGAAGGCUGCUUUGGAUAAGAUUGACCAGCAGUAUCUGAAUGAAAUUGUAGGCGGCCAAGAAGCAGGAGACGACGACUCACAGAAUGACCUGAAGGUCCAUGAGGAGAACACGACUAUUGAAGAACUGGAGGCUUUGGGAGAAUCCUUAGGAAGGGGUGAUGAUCACUAUGAUAUGGACAUCAUAACCAAGUUCUUGAAGUUUCUUCUUGGAGUUUGGGCUAAGGAGCUGAAUGCCAGAGAAGACUACGUGAAACGGGGAGUACAAGGGAAGCUGAACAGUGCUACUCAAAAGCAGACAGAAUCGUACCUGAGGCCGCUCUUCAGAAAACUUCGGAAGAGGACUCUUCCUGCAGACAUCAAAGAAUCAAUAACAGAUAUUAUUAAAUUCAUGUUGCAGAGGGAAUACGUGAAGGCAAACGAUGCCUAUCUUCAGAUGGCCAUUGGAAACGCUCCCUGGCCCAUCGGUGUCACCAUGGUUGGCAUCCACGCUCGAACGGGUCGUGAGAAGAUUUUCUCCAAGCACGUAGCCCACGUUCUCAAUGAUGAAACUCAGAGGAAGUACAUUCAGGGGCUGAAGAGGCUGAUGACCAUUUGCCAGAAGCACUUCCCCACAGACCCAUCCAAGUGCGUGGAGUACAACGCGUUGUGAGGCUCCGCGGGGCCCGGGGCAUUUUGACCUCCAGGACCCAGCAUGGACUGCAGAGACAGAGUUUGUGCUUCAGCACCAACAGGAACCUGGGGUGGGCUUUGCGGAAAAGCACAGAACAGCAGAUUUUCUACAGCUUCCUUUUUACAAGCCCCAUUUAUGUCGAUUUCUUUUAAAAUCUAUACUUUAUGCUGCACACAUCCAAUAUACAGCAGAGGG